ACUACACAUCCCAUCAUGCUCCGUUUCUGUCACCUCUGUCCAGCUGCUGUUGACAUGCCCAUGCAUUGCUAGGGGCUUCCAGGCUUCCUGCCGGCUGAUCCUGCUGUCACUGUCCUGCUAAUGGGAAGUGAUGAGAGGGGACCCAUGGCGUCUCCUCCCAGGACGGGGGACUCCGGUCUGCUCCGUGGCACCAGGGCGCGCUCCUACGGCAGCCUGGUCCAGUCGCCGUACUCACCGGCUAGGAUGCGGAAGGUGGAACACCUGGUCCAGCCAGGGGACACGCUGCCGGGUCUGUCGCUGAAAUAUGGAGUCACCAUGGAGCAGAUCAAGCGGGCCAACCGGUUAUACACCAAUGACUCCAUCUUCCUGAAGCAGUAUCUCAGUAUCCCGGUCCCCGUAGAGCCACCGGAGCUGUCCAAUGGGAUGUAUUCUGAGGAGGAUUUGGGUGCCGGGGACGAGACCAGCGCGGAUGCGGCAGCAGGGCAGCCGGAGAGGAGGCACCAGCGCUGCAGCACGGCUAAGGACGCCCGCAAGGAGGAGGUGUCGGUCAGCGACUUCAUGAGCAAGCUGGACACCAGGAUCCGUGUGUCUAAGAGAGCGGCGGUAAAGAAGAUUCGGGAGGUGGAGACCCUAUCCUCGGAAGAGUGUGUAGCCUCCGGCUAUCAAAUCAACGAGCGCACAGGAGAGGCCUCGCCGCAAACUCAGCAACGCUCCCUGCUGGGGCCCCUCCCACUCACCGUAACCACGCGAUCCACCGCCCUCAGGGAUCACGAGGAUGAAAUAUUUAAACUCUGACUUCCGCCAUGGUCCCGCUCAAUGUAUUCUAUUUUUAUUUUUUAACUAAUGAUGUUUCAUUUUUGUAAGUGAGCCCUAAAUGUUUUUUAGGUUGUUUCCAGGAGAAUUUUCUGUAAUGUAGACACCGAACGCUUCAGUUCCCCAUUACAGCCCUUUGUUCCCUACUGCAAGUUGCACUUUAGAGAGCGAGAGAACAACGAAAUCCUGGGUUAUUUUUGUUACACUCAUUAUGAAAGCGGAAGGCUUUGUGUUGUCCCGGAGCUGUUCCGCUAGUCAACCACUGGGUGGCGCUCAAAGCUGCUUUCGUAGAAAUGUUCUAUACGAAACAUAAGGACGGAAAGUUUGGAAAAAGUUUUAGAAUCGGGUACAAAUAAUUUUUUAUGGUUUCUGCUACAAAUCCCAUCAUGCUCAACGAGCCUUACAUUAGCUAGAGCAGUCUUAUACUCUACAAUCCGUAGUAUAUAGCAAUACAUUAUUGGUGGUUUAAGUAGUGCAGGCCUGUUACUAUUUUUUAUAUCUCACCUAUUGGGGGCGGCGUUGCCCUGCUCCACGUAAAACAUUUUGUUUUAUCUUGUCAAAGUGGCGCACACCUUCAUUCGCAGCCGCAACCAAGCUAGUCUAAAGUGCCUCGUGCCCCAGUGCCCCCCCCCCCCCCCCCCCCGGUGGGAGGCCAGCCCUCCUAUAGGCACGUAAGUGUAUAUGUGUCUAUCUGCAUUGCUGAACGUUUAUAGAAAAAAAAUGCGGUAAAAGUAAAUCCUCCUUUUUAAUAGGAUGUAUUUUAUAUUUUAAGUCCCUGCCCCUGAUUUCCAAAGGAUCAUGGGAUUUGUAGUUCAGGAAAAGCACGGCUGCUAGAGCUGUAAGCAAUCUGCGUUAAGUCGUGAUUUUAGCUGUUCCUAUUAUAUUUACGGUACUUUAUCCUGUAUCAGAUGUAAUAUAAAAUGGAUGAGUGUAGAUAUAAUUUCGUACUGGGGAUAGGCCUGGUGUAUUCCAAGCCCAGCGGUCUGCAGAGGCUGAAGUGAGUGUCUGAGACAGAAGGCAGCGGUGGGGAUGACAGGCAGCGGUAUAGAGCUGUCAGUGCAUCUGCCAAACACUCCUCUGGCCAAUGACCCAUAACAGCUACUGACCUGUGUACUCCAGCCUGAAGUACCCGGCAGCUAUGCUGUUACAGGGUAACUAGGACAGGCUCCGGCCUACGGCCGACACAAUACCAGAAUAGACUACAGUAAAUGCUUUUACAGAGGCGUUGCGACACUGGCCCUCAUUCCGAGUUGUUCGCUCGUUAGCUGCUUUUAGCAGCAUUGCACACGCUAAGCCGCCGCCUACUGGGAGUGAAUCUUAGCUUUGCAGAAUUGCGAACGAAAGAUUCUCAAAAUUGCGAAUAGAAAUUUCUUUGCAGUUUCUGAGUAGCUCGAGACUUACUCGGCAUCUGCGAUCAGUUCAGUGCUUGUC